AUGCUCGAAUCAAUUCCAUUGAGGAAGGAGGAGAUCAAUUCCAAAGUCAAGCUGAAGAUGGCUUCUUUCGCCCUCCCUUCUUCUCACCCUCUGUCCCAAACACAAAAUGCCAUUGGUACCGCAAAUCCCAAAGCUUUGCAUCAUGCUAUGGAUACUCUCAAAGACAUAUCCGGCUUCACCCUCACGACCGCAGGUCAUAUGAUGCUUAAAUGCACCUUACCCUUCACAACCACUCCAAAUAACAGCUUCGAUGCUGUGCAAUUCAAUGAGGAUGAUUUCAGCGAUGACGACAAUAUAGAUCUUGAUACCGAUUACGACUUGCCGAUGUCUCAAUCUUCCUUUACUCAAUCCCAGCCAAAUUUUCAGCCCGGUGCAUAUAGUCAAUACCAUAUGCCUCCCCCGACUCAGACCAAUAGCUGGACGCCACCAUCUUCAAGCUCUUAUCAAGGACACCGUUCGAUGCCGCAGGGUUCCUAUGCGCUCACAACUCCCACCUCGCUUGGUAUCAAAUCGGAGAGCAGUACUUCAGACAAUUCUUUCAGUUCUUCCUUGCCUCAGCUUACCCCAUCUCGAGCGGCACCUCAAUCACUGACUCCAGUCUCAUCAUCAUCGAUGAACGUCAAAACUAAGCCUACCAGACAAGCGCAAAGUCCCUCGCUCAACGUAGAGUAUCUAUCAUUUUAUCAGAUGGAGGAAAUGUAUUCUACAACUACCCAAAAUCCCCAGAAUGAAAAUGAAAGACUUCUACGCAGACCAUGGUUGGCAAAGUUGGGUAUUGAUGUCAUGCCAUUCAGUUCUUUAAACGUUGAUCCAAUCCAGAGAGACAAGGUCGAAAUCCUUUGGGCUUUGAAACCUGCCAAAAUCCGUCGAGAGAUUGAGCAGAAAGCCAUUCGAUUGAAGUAUCCCUCCCGCCGCUUGGCUGACGUACCGCUACGAUUAGCUCCUCUCGCUCUGCGAGACCCUGUACCAAUCAAACUUAUUGGUCCAGUGCCUCUACCAUUCUGCAAAUUAGAGCAAACGCACUUCAAUAUUCCCCAGAGAAAGAUAUUGAGCUAUCAAGAUCUUAUGGCGAAACGAUUGGUUUGGCUCAUUGAAUUGGGUUUGGACGACCCCCGAUAUCAGGCUCUCCCGCAGACUCCAUUGGACCAACAGGCAAUAAACAAACUCUAUGAUGAGAAAUCACGCGUAGAGCGAAGAGCAAUCGAAGCAAAAGCAAAGUAUAUCAAUGCUAUGCUUGACCCGCCCAAUCCUUCAUUGGAGACUUUGGAGAAAACCUAUGAAAUAUACCCGGCGAGUGCCUUCACCUUACACAAAACAUAUUGCGAUAAACGCUCCGAGUGGCUUCAACAGCUGGGCCUUAAUAUUCCCCCGUUCUGCUACAAAACCUUGGAACUCCCCGAGGGCAAUAUGCAGGGGAUGGAGGUUGCCUGGAGUGCAAUAAGCGAGGUUGAACGUAACAAAGUUCUUGAGACAGCCAUUACUAUCAAGGAAGACAACAACCCAGUCCUUGAAUCAUGGUCAGAGCUCGAAGGGAUGUAUGUAUUUACUAAUGAAAAGGAAAAGGAGUUCAAGAAUUACCCCGCGGGCUAUGCCAAAAAACGUGACUAUUGGAUCAUCGAUAUAGGACUGCACCAGGAUCCUUUCAAAAACCCCAAAGCUACCCCUACAUCUCUGCAAGCAGCAUGGUCCAAGAUGCCUCUCGAGGAGAGAAAGGUCAUUGUCAACAAAGCCAAAUACGAGAAAGAACGAUAUGUUAGGGAUUUGGCGAGAAAGAAGCUUGAGAAGGCAGGAGACAAUUACAAAGCUCCUUGA